AUGGCGUCAAUAGACAAGACGACAGCUUCCCACUCGCAGCCUGCCGUCGACAUGGUGCCAGUCUGCUCCGCAUUGGCAGGUGAGGAUAAAAUUAAAGUAAAAAGCAUCAGAUUCUGUGCAGCCACUUUCAGAACCAGGAGCAGUUUGACAACUUGGUGGAGGGUGAGAUGA